AGAUACCAUUCAAAGGAGAUAAUUCAGAAGUCCGCACGCCAGUAAUAAAAGUCCAACUUUCAUUGAUUUUUUGUAGCCAGCGUUAUUAUAUUUGUAGGGCAAUGGAACAUCGUUAUUUUUGUCAGAUAUAUUAUUUAUGAAAUGAGAAUGGAAAGUGCAGAUAGAAAUAGGGUAAGGAAAUACAGAAAAUCAGACCUUCCGCGAUUUCGGUGGACGCCUGAGCUUCAUCACCACUUUGUUCAAGCUGUUCAACAUCUUGGUGGAAAAUACAAAGCAACUCCAAAACGAAUUUUACAAAUGAUGUCUGUCAAAGGACUGAAGAUCUCCCAUGUCAAGAGCCAUCUCCAGUUGUACAGAAGAAUGAAUGGAACUACCUCUUUGAACAUAGUUUUAACCAUGGAGAACUACCAUAAAGAGAACACCAGUUGGUUCCAACUGCGACACAUUUCCAAAGAAUUGAGAGAACGGCCACUUAACAAAAAGGUGCAAUCACUUGCCAAUCAUGAGCAUUCUAAGAGCUCCAAAGACAAAAACGAUUCAUUUCACCAUGAUUACGAGGAUACAACUAAAGGAAGCUCAGCUAGAGAAAUGACAAAAGAAGAGUUUGGUGUAAGCAAAAAUGAAAGAAACUUUUGGCAUUUAGAUAAUCAUUUAAUCUCUGAAUUUACUGCCUCAAGUAAUAGUUUAGACCUCCCCAUUUUUCACUCUAGUAGCCACACUCAUAUCAACCUGGACUUGACCAUCUCAUCAAGUUCUAGUUAAUGGAUACAUUAUAAAGUUUUGCUAUAUAUAUAUCGGGUUUGAGACUAUGGUGUACACUUUCCUCACAAGAGAGAGCUCCACACUUUUUUUUAUUGGGAGUGUGCGCCUCUCUUGUAAGGAGAGUGUACACCGGAGUGUCAACCCCGGUGUACAACAAAUUCCUACUUUAUGUACACACCUCUAUUUUACAGACUAGUGGAAGUGGACUAUAUAUUUUUUUUCUUGUUAAUAUAUGGAUUCAGUUUUCAA